UCUGAGCAAGGACGCGGCGCUGAAUUAUGUCUCAGGAACUGCCCUUCAACAUCGACAUCAAAGAACCACAAUGGGAUCAGAGCACCUUUGAGGGAAGAGCCAAGCACUUCUUCACAGUGACCGAUCCACGGAAUGUCCUGCUUGGGCCUAAAGUCCUAGAGGAAGCAAAGAACAUUGUACAGAAUUACAGAAAGGGGAUCCCCACACCAGGUUUAACUGAAGACCAGCUAUGGCGAGCAAAAUACAUCUACGAUUCUGCUUUCCAUCCGGAUACAGGAGAGAAGAUGAUCUUGAUAGGAAGGAUGUCUGCACAGGUGCCCAUGAAUAUGACCAUCACUGGCUGCAUGCUGACAUUUUUCAGAACAACUCCAGCUGUUAUAUUUUGGCAGUGGGUGAAUCAGUCCUUCAAUGCUAUUGUGAAUUAUACAAAUAGAAGUGGUGAUGCACCCAUAACAACAAGCCAGCUGGGGACAGCUUACGUCAGUGCAACUACAGGUGCUGUUGUGACUGCUCUGGGACUCAAAUCACUCACUAAGCAUCUACCUUCUCUGGUUGGGAGAUUUGUUCCAUUUGCCGCAGUAGCAGCAGCCAACUGCAUCAACAUCCCUCUGAUGAGGCAGAGAGAAUUAAAAUAUGGCAUCCCCAUCACAGAUGAAAAUGGCAACAGGCUCGGAGAAUCUACCAAAGCUGCUCAGCAGGCCAUAGCACAAGUGGUGGUGUCCCGGAUUGGAAUGGCUGCCCCAGCAAUGGCAAUUCCCCCAGUGAUAAUGAAUGCUUUGGAGAAGAGAGCGUUCCUAAAGCGGUACCCAUGGAUGAAUGCUCCUCUACAAGUGGGGCUGGUUGGCUUUUGCUUGGUCUUUGCAACCCCUCUGUGCUGUGCACUUUUCCCUCAGAAAAGCUCAAUGAGUUUGUCCAGGCUGGAGCCGGAAGUUCAAGCUGAGGUUCUGAAGAAGAGUCCAGACACCAAGAUUGUGUAUUUUAACAAAGGACUUUAAAAAGCAACCGAAAUAAACUCAUGUUGUGCAGGAAUCUUGCAAGAUCAAUGUAUUUCCUACAGAUCAGUUGAACUGAAAGUAUUACCAAAAAAGUAAAAUUUUGUCACUAUUAUUUAUAUGUGUGCUAGCUAGUCCUCUGAUUUGUAUGUGUAAAGAAAAUAAUAGUAUGUAUAGUGAUUGUCAGGCUUAUCUUAGCCAGUGUGUUGUGCUUCAUGUACUAUACUGUCCUAUGAUCAAGAAGCAUAAAUAGAGGUCUAGUAGUGUAUAAAAUCCAGCCCAGUUUUAAAGUACAGACACACAUCAGCUCGAAUGAUUGGCGAGGAAACCCUCGGAAUUUUUGCAGUUCCUUGUGUUUUUUGCCCGCCCAUCGAGCUGGAAACACUCAGGCAACUAAAUGUGUGUGUGCUGUUCCCCUUAAUCCUUAUAUCUAAUUGUUUUUCCAAAGAUUUUAAAUAAGUUAUGGCUGCACAGAGAUAACAUCAAUAAAAUCAUAAUUUCCUACUUAAAGGGGUGGUUCACCUUCAAGUACACUUUUCGUUUGUUAUAGAAUGGCUGAUUCUAAGCAACUUGGACUUCAUUGUUUAAUUUUAUAGGUUUUUAAUUAUUUGUCCUCUGACUCUUUUCAGCUAUUUAAAGGGGUCACUGACCCUCAUCUAAAAACAAAUGUUCUGUAAGUCUUCAAAUGUAUUGUUACUUUUUAUUUCUCAUCUUUCUAUUCAGGCCUCUCCUAUUCAUAUUCCAGUCCUUAUUAAAAAAGGUCAUUUAGACCCUAGCAACCAGAUUGCUGAGAUUGCAAACUGGAGAGCUGCUGAAUACUGAAAAACCACAAGUAAUAAAAAAUGAAACCCAAUUGCAAAUAAUCUCAGAAUAUCACUCUCUACAUCAUACUAAAAGUUAAUGUAAAGGUGAACAACCCAUUUAACAUCUCUAUACCCACAGGAAUAAAUACCCAAAGAAAUUCUCUACCUGGAAAGAGAUUAAAAUCUCUGUUAGAGUCUGCUUUAAAGGCGCUUGAAAUGUGGUUGCUAAUUAUUUUCAUUAUCAGACAGGAGGAGUGGCUUAUGGCGUAAGCGACUGACUCUGCAAAAUGGGGUUGAUUGCUUGAGGCCUUGGACUAAUCGCUUAAAGGGGACCUGUCAUCCUAAGAAAUAAUUCCAAAUUAUUUUCUAUCAUGUUCAUUGAGUAAAAUAAACUUUACUUAUACUAUAUUUGUUUUUUAAA